UUUUGUCCGUUUUGGCUGGUGUACUAGAACUGCCUGCUGCUGCGAGACAAGAAAAUGCUGCCAGACCAGAAAAUGCUGCCGAGAACGGUAUCGUUUAAAUAAUACGGCGACGACUAGUAAUAUAUCUCUAUAAUUUGAUUAGACGAGUAAUAAUAUUAUACUGUUGCUCUUACUGUUGUUCAUUCAAUAAAGGGAUUGUAGACGACCACGACCAAUACACGAUUUGAAAUGCCAUGAGAGAGGAGGUGCUCCUACACUAGCAUGCGAUCCAACCGUCUAAGUCUAGCACGAUUCAUAGGCUCUGCAAAGAACAUCUGAAAUAUUGUCAGGAAAAAAGCACAAGCAGGAUCCAAAUUAAAAACUCAACUUUUGCUUUCAUCCUCAUGACAUAGACAUACUUUCUUAAGCUUUUAUUAACUCAAUAAAAAAAUCUACCUUCAACACUCGACAGACGAUGUGCGAUUCUGGUCAGCGACACUAUCACGUCAGUAUGAAGCCAAAAUCUAUUAUCAUUAACAUUAUCAGACUAUUCUACCUAAAAAACCUGAUAGAUAAUGAGAACAGAUUUUGGCUUCAUAGAGAGGACUUCUGGGACUGGGGAACUACUUCUAAAUAUUUUUUCGUGCUGUCCUCUAGGUGUUGCAUAGUUGUACGCUCUUUUGCGCUGUUCUCUUCGCUUCAAAGAUUCUUUAGUUCUGUCCAUCUUUCUCAGCAUGAUCUUGAUCUCGACGGUUGUGCCCUUUCUGUUUUUCCAUGCGAAGAGAUACAAGGCGGAGAAAGGCUUCAACUUCAUACUCUUUUCCUUCCAGGGAAGAAGAUAACUAGUCAAAUAGUUACAAGGCUAAGGCAUCGUGAAACAAGAUCGAAAAGAGCGAGAACAGUCUGAGGGGGCCGACCUACAUGGAAGAUUAAGUGAGUAAAACAAAGACAAACUGACUCGUCCGAGAGUCGGAAGCGGCUGCUUCUAGGAGAGUCUCUACAAGAGCAAGCAGGCCGAUGGCCAAGGGCUCGGAGGGUACAGGCCUCACGGCUCAGGGGUCCCAGCCUUGCGCCUUUUGCCGCCUUGGGAGGCCUUCCACACCCAGCGCACUGCUGCGGCGGCGAAGUACGUAGGAAGUCUGUGCCCAUUUAAUCCAUGCAGGUCCCCCCAGAGAGUCGGAAGCGGCUUCCUUAGUAGGUAUAGUCCGAGAGUCGGAAGAGGCUGCUUCUCAGAGAUACGCUACAAUAUCAUCUUCAUCCGUAGGCACACGCGAUCGGUUGGCGCUGCGUAACAAGAUUAUGAUCAUUCAACCUUGAAAAGAGGGCGGACACUUCCUACGCGUCUGAUUCACCAAUGUCAAGCCUUGAAAAGGGGGCGGGCACUUCCUAGGUGCGUUAAUAAUGUUUGUAGCUCAAGCAGAAGCUCCGAAUACUUGAUAGUUUAUCACUCGGUCCUCUUGCUCUUCUUUUCUCUUAUAGUACAAGUUGGCUGAAACGACUUCAGUGCCAUUUGAUGACAGGAUGGGCCAUGAGGUAUCAUGACAUGACAUUUUUUAGAGGCGGGGUGAGGACUGAAGAACUUGCGGAUGCAUACGCUGCAGGACUACACUUACUUCAUGGUCUUUAGUAGGGUCAGUUGUGGUUGUAUUUCCUUCUCCGUGUACAACGGACUUUUGUUUUAAGAGUAGGAGGUGCGUGGGGUGGGCCGGACGCAGUUAAGAAAUACGUCGUCGAAGUCCUCUAAAACUAGUAAACUCUUCCGGCAGGAUGUGAAGGCAGCCGCAUCAGCAUCACCGACUUGCGGCGAUGGGGUAGACGGACAGAUCGCAGUCGGUGGAAGUCUUUGGCCUAAUUCAACUUAAGUAGGGUCUCACUACUACAAGUACAAGGCACUUCUACUCAGAGCUCUUACACGCUUAGGUAUACGAUCUUUUCCACUGAUGUUCUCUCCGCUUCAAACUUAUUUUUACACUUCGUUUUCCUUCUAGUUGCAACUCUGUGUGUUUCUGGUGUUUGGUAACCUAGUAAAUUUGAUCACAAGAAUUCUCUUCUUGGUUUCCUUAUGAUCAAAAUCAGGCUACCAAAUACCAGAACCCCUCGGUUCUACUCUCAUCAACCUCCACCUCCACGGCCUCCACCUGAUCUAAUCACCUGUCCACGCGGCAGAUCACGCGACUUCACCGCAGAUAUCUUGCAUUGGGAUAGUGGAGAAAACGGACGUUUUCACUGGCCAAUACACAGUUUGGGAGCAUACGAUGUACAAUGCCCAUCUGAGGUGUCCUCAUUUGAGCAUAGAGGAGAAUUAUGGUGGCAACAACUCUCUAGUAGAUCAUACCCCGAUAGGUUUAGGUAUUUAGGCUAAGGCAUCAGGUCGUAUCUGAUUAGGUUCGGUACCACGACCUUCCUAAUACAUCCAUCUUGAAUAAAGAGAAUGAGAAGCAUGUAACUCUGCCUUGUUUGAGAAAAAAGGUUGGCAUUAGGUUUAUUAGGUUUAAAGGGAGAUCAUCUUCAUCAUCAUCAUCAUCAUCAUCAUCAUGUGCACGCGCGUGAGGCCUCUCUCAGCGUCACGACAGCUGUUAGUCUCCAUAGUAGCACAAGAUAUAUAGUAGACUUGUGACGAUGAUGAUGUAGACGCUUAUGGUGACCGCGGCCAUCUAAGAAAAGGAAAACCGGGUUUCUUACGUUUUGGAAAAGAUUGCGCUGGAUGGUUUUGAAUAUAAGGUGAUCACGACACUUUCCGCAGGACAGAAAAAACGACUUAGUAUUACGGCGAGCGAGAUGACAUACUUAAUACAAAUACUUUGACUUUUUGUGGAAUUUAGAGCUUGCUUUAUUGUUGUUUAAAUCCGAGUGCGCGAGGUGCGCGCUCCCCGGGGAGCAACGCCGGGUAAAAAAGGUUCAACCUGCUCAGUGUGUUUAGCCGAGCGCCUGCCUGCGAUGGCGAGGCACUUCGGGAAGCAAGAAGCUUCCCCGCCCCCCCCCCACACCCAGCCUGUGCUAGCAUCCCACGCGCACGUCCCGCGUCGACACGCCCCGCCCACAUGCGUCAGACACUGGAGACUCGCGGUGAUGGCGAGGUCGUGUCCGCGAGUUUGCGCGCGAACGUACGGCAACCUCCCGUCCAGCGUCUGGGAGUGUCGAGGAGGCGUUCUUCGGGAUCCUUCGAUUUGUUCCUACCUGAGUCUUGCUUGCCCGCCGCCGCAGGCGCCUCGCCUCGCUGCCUCGUUGCGCGCUUAGGAAUUAAGUUGCUCACGAUUCAGGAGAAGUCUACUGCCUCCUCUAACAACAUCGCAGAAGAACUCUUAAAGCAGCCUGCUCUGCUGCUUUUGGAUGAGCCUUGCAUGGAAUUAGAUCCGAUAGGAGCCGCAGAGGUGGUCCGCAUCCUAUGCGAGGGAGGACACACCAGCCUGGAUGAGCUAGAGGGACCUAUCAAUCGACGUAUUUUUAUCAUGAUGAUGAUUAUAGAUAGUCCACUAAAAUUUCAUCUACAAUCAAAAUGUAAAUGAUAGAUUAAAAGAAAAGAUCAUCAUCAGCUUACAUACUUUUCAACUAAAAAUCAAAGUUGUAGACAAGUCAGCGACUACUUCAAACCAUAAUUGCCUCUACCGCGUCGCACUUAUAGUUGGAUUUUAAAUCAUGAUGACUUUACUGGUCCUCCACCAACACCUCCUAUCUUUUUGCUCUUUAGAAGUGGUAACUGAGUACAUGGGUUGACCCUAUCAAGUACCUAUGUAUAACUCCUAAGUGAAAAUCAUGCUUCUAAGAUCCACAUCCAACUCGCAACAGGUACAAAAAAAACUGCAUCGUCGAAGGGUACCGUGUCGAUGGGUGGCGAUAUUGAUGAAAUCGCCGAUCGCGAUGCUACAGAAAUUACGGACGUUCGAAGAAUAGUAAGAAGAUGUUAUCUUGAAUAAAAUGAUUCCCUUAGCUUCAUAAGGAUGUUUUCGAAUAUGUCUAAGACGCGAUUAAUAUAUAAGAUGCUAGAUUCCCUGAAGCUUAACAGGUGGUUAAUCGUCGGUUCCCUAGAGGGUUAAUCUUCAGAUGAUAGAGGAAUAUCACAACUAGGGACGUCAUAAUGAUUGUGAUAGUCGACGAUGUUGAUGAUGAUGAUGAUGAUGAUGAUGAUAGUCCUCGCUGCUGAUAUUACUAGUCGAUGGCGAUGAUCAUGAUGCUAGUCGAUGGUGAUGAUGCUAGUCGAUGAUGAUGAUGAUGAAGCUCCUAGAAGUGUCCCAAUCCUCUUAAGCAGCGGCCUUCUACCAGUUUUCGCCAAGAACUACCUGCUUAGCCACCUACACCUACCACCUCUAAUGUAAGCUCCGGACGAUCGACAGAGGAUCAGAAAGUGCUGACGGCUAGAGGCUUUCGGUUUUCUGGGUACGAAGAUGAGUGUGAAAAGGCAGCUCCCAUGGUAAGGCUGUAGCUAACAGUUAGCUUUGACUGCGUCCUGUACACGUACGGGGAAGGAUCUAUCACAGGGAAACGCUUCCCCAUACUUUUCAAGGAUGAAAUACGGAGAGCGCUAACUAUGAAUGCGAUGCUGGAACGAGCUGGGAGAGAGCGCCACGUGCUGGAACUGGUUGAGGAAGCCGUUGAAGAUGGGCGGGCGUUUGGAGAGUUAUGCUUGGUUCUUGCUUUUGAAAUUUAUUUAACUAGGAGAUCUAUUUCUACUAUUAUUCACCGUCUAUGACUAUUGAUCUAACUUAAAUUUCAAUAAUUUUGUCAGAGUCCUUCAUCUAACCCUAACGUCUUCCACCUGGCACUUAUCUCACGCUCACUUUACUUUAAAUAAGAACAAAAUUAUGGGGACGAGAUUAGUAGAAGUAGAUUGUGAUUGAUGUGAAAGAACUUCAACUCCAAAAGUGCCUAUUCUCGGAGCUUUUCAGAACGCGAAGAAUGCAAAAAUUACUGCCGCGAGAGCGCUCAGCCGUCGCGUCACGGAAGGGACCUCUCUUGUGCAAGGAAAAGCCUCUCCGGUGAAAGGAAGCGCCUCUCUUGAGCAGCUAGGAAAUAACGCUGUGGUGAAUAAAGUGCCUGUAGGGGAUGGGGCAGCACCUGUCCCGACAAGUGCAAGCGUCCCGAAGCCAAAUCGUUUGGAACGAAGGCUCACUUAUGGAAGUAGCCUUAAUUAUUGAAAAUGGAAAGUUUAUUCCCUCUCCAGAAUUGGAUCGGUGGGCACGCUUGGGCGGCCCCAAAGUGGGUCGUCUGCGAAAGAUGUCGCCCACCGUGCGCCCACCGUGAGACUUGGGGCCAAAAAUUGGGCCGCCCUUCGGGCGCCCAUUUCUGAAGCCCCGCCCCCGGCAAAGUAAGCGCAUGAUGCGUCCUGGAUCCGCAGAAAGCUGCACACGAAUCGGGGCGUCCAUCUACUGUCCCGCCUAGGGACAUCCCUCAGCAGCACUGGCCGCACAUUGCAGCAGAGCAAUGAGGCACACUGCAGCGCUGCGCCGCACUCUACGCACCCAGGUGGCACCGCAGACAGCAGCGGAGCACCGCAAGCAGCGAGAGCGUGGCCACUCCGCGGAGGAGCACAGCGCCGCGCCGCCCUCGACUGCGGCCUUGUACAUUGGCGGAAGCAGCGGGGCAACGCUAUACGCGCCCACCGUGCCCCCCCAUGUGUGCCCGGCGUCGCCCACCGUGCCCACCUUCGCCUUCCCACCGUCUAUUAUAAACUAUUCUUAUAUAGGAACUCAAAUGACGUAAAGAAGAGAUCGUGACCGUUUCAGGCGCUGCAGUUUCAUCUUGGGAAGACAUAGCUGAGAAUAGCAAGCUCGGGCUAAGGCUAGCAUUUGAGAUGAUGCAGCACUGCAACUGACAUUGAUGUUGAGUGGCAAUCACAGAGCAUCUGUGUCAGUAGACUCCCGUAGAUUGCGGUUGCCUACUUUCUUCUACCUACUUGUCUAAUCAGAAACACUGGCGAAGUCCGCCCGUCUGACUGCUGCAAAGCAGAGCACAAAACCAGGCAGCAAAGGAUCGGAGUCAUCGCAGCUUUUGGAGGCUACUACAGCUAUUUUUUAAGGCCGCACAUCGACUGAGCACUAGGUAGAUGACUUUUCGUUAGAUGUAUUUUACAGACAAAGUAAGAUGAGCCGUGCUUGUGAACGUUAGAUGUAUUUUGUGGGCAGCGAAAGAUGAUUACUAAGUAGCCUGAAAGAAAAAGAUGAUUACAACUAAGCCUACUUCUGGCUGAUGUUGUCGAGGGGUGGAACAUUUUUUCGUGGUGUCCGCGACGCAGGGUAGUCUUUGUGGAUCACGCUCUACACUUUCUCAGCAAGUGCUGCAAGUCCUACAGUAUUCACUUGCUGAGAAAGUGUAGAGCGUGUGUGAGCAAGGACUCAUACUACGUCCUACAGUACUACUAGAAUGGAUCCCACACGACUAGAUUGGAAGCAUAGUAGAUCCUUCCAGUAGACCCCCCCCCAUUUUUACCAAAACCAGCUGCCUCUUCAUCAACACUGACCGCGCUAUACCAGUGUGAAAAGAAAACCUAGUAAGACAGUGAAUUGAAACCUGCGAGCCUUUUUUCAUACAAAACCUAAGACAUCAAUGAAUUGUGUUGCGUUCUAAUUCUUCGCCAAUAUGUAUAAGAAGCCUGCUAUUUCUGAGGGAGAGGCGGGUGACGAUGGAGCACUGGAGGAAGGAGAGGAGGAAGAGGCAGGCGACAGUGGUUCAGGCAACUUGCGCGCACGUGGUGUACGAGAAAUAAGAAACAUCUCCUGCAAUUAUGUUGAGUCAAGAUUCUUAAUUUGCAGAGCAAGUUUCAUGAUGUUCACAGAAAUUCAAAUUGAAAUUUCUUGGUCACGACUACGUAGUUGUACGAGAAGAGUCAAGCGAAGAUAGUACAAAUACAUCGAGAAUUCUUUCACUCAUCUCCUGCAGCGCGGCGCUUCUUAACUUGUUGAAAACUGCAUUGUACUACAGUAUUGUUGCUCGGGUCUUCUACUUCCUCCAGCAACUCCUAGUUGGAAUGCAAUCAAUUCGAGCCUUGACCUCUAGUACUUGCUAGGCACCAUCGAUCAACCAAGGAGUCAAUAACAAUAUUGUUGCAGCUCGGGUCCUCUUCCUCCAGCAACACAUAAGUAGUCCUAUGUACUCACAUAGUCCUCUAACCUCCUAUCCCUGCAAAAGUGAUGAGCUUACUGGGGCAGCAAUACACGGCUGACGACGGAGGUGAAGAGGAUGAUAUGCUGGGAACGACACUAGCUGAUUUACAACAGCUAAGGCGAUGGCUUCGAGGCUCAGAAAGAUUCUGCUUAUUUUGGAAAGACAUCGAGUUCUUUGGAGGUAUUCCUCGACACUAAGUCGUGUAUUGAGAAGUCACUGUAGAGGGUCCUUCUAGUCGUUCUUCAAGUGGGGAGCAUAGUUAUAUAAAAAAAUCCCUUCCGCUCUUAUAACUUCGCAAAUAAUUUAGUUCUUUGGGGGGAGAGCAGCAGCAGAGACCAGAGUCUAAGGAAAGAUAGAAGUCUCAAGGGGAUGAACCCACCCACACCCAGCUGCAACUACUAGGGAUAUAAGUGCUUAGAUACAGUGAUUGCCUUUGCCCAGUAUUUCUAAAAGAAGCAAGGAAGAUGCUAGUGCUUGAACUAGAGGAACAUCAAGUAGGAGUAGGUUGCUGUGGCGGAUCGAACUUACCUCCUUGGGUACAAGCGAAAAUUUAUGUUGAGUUUCUUGGGCUCUUGGGACUCUCAGAGGUAGAGGUACAGGUAGUCGUAGUAAUUGUACGUAGACGUCGUUGUUAGAGGGAUGUGAGCACAAGAUGAACGAAAGACCUUAUUUGAACUCCUAUCCAACACCAACUCUAUUUUGUUGAGAUGAUCCAUCUCGAUCUCAACGUGAUAAUUUACGUUUGCAGCAGCUUGAGUACAACUACAUUACCAUUUUCUAUACCAGCAUAGGUAUCUAUAGAAGAUGUCGAGGUCGUUGAUUUCUAAUAGCACCGGCGUGACAUUUUGAUGUUAGAUGAAAUUCUGAAGAUGAGUCCGGAGGAACAAGAUGCGAUUGCAAAGGACCCUUCUCUCUACUCCGACAAGGAAGAUCGAGGCACCACGAUUAUUUUUUCCAUGUCACUUAAGGCUUCAUCAUGAACUUCAUGAAGCAUGUCUUAUUCCUUAAUCCUUGCUUAGUACUAACUUGCUUAUAUAUACAUAGUACUAACUUGAUUAAUUCCUUGUCUUAUUCCUUGCUUUGAGUACUAACUUAUCUUAUUUCCGCCUUGCUCUUCUUGGUUCUUCUUUUUCUAUUUGAAAAAGAAACGCGAUGCCGCUUCUGUUCCCAUUUCUGAUAUUAGACGAAGAACAUAGAAGAUUAAGAUACGACCUUGUUUUGUUUCUACCUGAAAAUGGAGCCAAGGAAGAUGGGCUAGGGCUUAUGUUUUGUUUCUACCUGAAAAUGAAGCCAAGGAUGGGUCGUUAGGGCUUAGGGAUGCGAACGCGAUAGCUCUAACUCAGAGCCUUUCAGUGGUGCAUACGCGAUAUUGCCCAGGGUCUUGUUCAUGUUAUGCUGUGGGGUAGAUCAUGUAGAAAUGCAAAUACCAAUAUUCUGGAAGUUUAGCUUGUCAAUUUAUUAUAAUAUUUUCAUUUUCUAGAAGCAAAUGUGCUGAAGGUAAAAACAGUUUACCUUGCCAAUUUAUCUAUUCCUUGUUGUUGUUCUAAGAAGUGCUCAAGGUGAAACGGUUUUUUAUGGAAGAGGCGAGGAAGUAGGCGCUUUUCUGGAGCUCACGGGAAUUCCGCCAUGUCCACGCAGCUACGGCCUAGCAGAGUACGCUGUUUUAUGGUCAACAUUUAGUAUCCAUCUUUGCUCUCACUCUCAGCACCUUCAUCCAUCUUGUUUCUAGUCUUGGCAUCCCUUUGUUCCCAUAGGAGCGAGAAUACUCUAACAGUUGCUCUCAUUGCAGAUAAGAUGACAAUGAAGCACGUAAAGAACUUCUACGAGCACAAAUACUUGCUGGACAUGCAGGCGACUCAACAAGAAGGUACUACAGGUACAGAGGCGAGCAUCUCGCUAACCGCUUUCCAACUAUCGAUCUCGAGCUUUAGUAACCAACCCAGACAAUUUUUAAGCUUAGACUCUCGAGAUGUUUGGAGCUAAGUACUUCUAAUUGGCUGAGAUAGAUUCAUAAUCAUAGUAAACAUUCAAGCAUUAGCACAUAAAAAACAUAAUUCCACAUCCACUUAACAGGUGAAGAUGAGCAGCCAAAAUUUCUCUCGUUGGCGAAGCAACAAGAAGCAUUAAUGUUUGAAGAGAUGCAUCUCGAGAUAGACGACCUAGAAGAAGUGCGCCGCUUAAACCAACUGAUUGUGGCACAGUUAAGGCUAGUAGUUGUGCUUAACAUGAUCUGACAUAUUUUUUUGUUUCGAAGCCGAUAUCGAUCAGAUCAGAUACAUAUAAAUUAUGCUUGGGUGUAUAUUUAGCUGGUAAGGCUGUGGCGUUAAUACAAUCCACCAGCCGACUUCAUUUCAUUUUCUCUGUUUGUUCCCUCACAGUCAGAGUCGGAAUAUUGCAGAGCAAGAACAGGGGAGAGCAAGAGCAAGAGGUGAAUCAAUUAGAAUUCAUUUCCAUUGAGCUCCUCUAAUGCAGGGCUUAGGUGGCGUCAAAACUGAAUCCGCUUUGCGGGAAAUGCUUCUGGAGGAGAUUGCCAAACGAAAUAGGCCCUCCUGGUGGGUACAGUUUACCACCCUGUCCAAACGGGUGCUGAUCGAACGGUUUAGACACGGAACUGAGACGAAAUGGCAGUUUUGGUUAAGGCUUCCCCUAAUGCUAAUCCAUCUUUGGAAAUAGAAGCAUCUCGGGCCCGUUUUCAAGUGGGAAAAGGCGUCGGGAUGGCUUUCAAGGUCGUGGAUUAGGGUGAGCUCUAAUUUGGAGCGUGUCGUUGCUCCUUGUCAUGCUUGCGUCCAUUUAUUGGCAGAAAGUCGCACAAGGCGGCCUCGGUUCGCAGGCUGUGCGAACGGGUACUAUCAGUCUUUUUCUCGUUUUUCCAGCACUCCAGGAAGUAUUAAGGCAACGAAGAUACAGACAACUUUCAAAGAAGAUCAUAAUCUCGAGAUCACGAAUUACAGCACUUAGGCAGAGGGGCCCUAUGAUAAUGAUUCUGAUACGAGGGCGAAGUAGAUCUCUUACUACUUUGCUUCUGCGGUGUUGAUCACGGAUGGUCAUAUUAGGAGCACACACUGACAUGACAUCUUACUUAGUACUGCUUUUCUUCUUCUAAAAGUGACAAGAUAUGGCUUCGCUUUUUGUACUUUGGGACAUGCAGUGACGUUACGAGAGCAUCAAACGAAACGCUUGUAUGGUGCCUUUGCUGCCUGGCUCGCGCGUCGAUGCGGAACCGUGCUUAAGGUCUGGGGAGUCUAUUCAGAAUCUACUUGUUAGUAAGAACAAGAAAUGUAUACUUUUGGAAGAGUUUACUUGGGGCUCGACUAGCAAAGAUUCUUAGAAGAAUACGGACACCUCCAGGGAAGACAAGGGGAAAAGAGUAGCGGCCGCUGUGGUAAAGCCAUCGCUGCCGGCUCCGAUUGGACGGGGCCGAGAUAGGUGGUGGGGAAAUAAGAGCAAGGAGGAGACAAGAAAUUUAGCACGUGACGACAAACAGAACGAAGACAAGACGAAAGCCAAAAAGCGACGAACGACGAAGCGCGCAAGCUGUAGGAACGUCAAUGCCUGGGACAGAAGAGAGCGACUGAGAUGGAGGCAAGAACGGCCGUCAGACAGCCCGACCGCGCUACACCGCCAGACGCUACCUACCCACAGUCGCCGCCUCCUGCACACCUAGCCCGGCAUGCCAUAACUGGCGGCGGUGACUGUGAAGGCUAGACAUGCCGUAGUCGAUCGCAACGACCACCAUAGCAUAACACAAAUAGAGCACAAGAAAAUCCGGCGGGAUCGGACGCGUCGCCCGGAGCGUCGAAUCGAUACAAACAGCCCCAGAACACUUCACGCCUCUACUUUACAUCAUGCUGGUGGUGUCUUGUUGCAUCUUGAUGAAACUUCUCCUGCUCCCGAUCCUGUAGCUUUUAUUUUACUCCUACCUCUUUGUCUUUUUUGUGGAAUUUCCUCUAAUUUCCCUCUUGACUUUCUGAUGGGUCCUCUGUACAUGGGCACAAUACUCUUUGUGGCGUUGGGAUUUGGCGUCGCAAACAGCAACGAGGAUCGAGAAUUCACGAAGCUCGAGUACGUAAGGGAACCGUCGUAUGUUUAAGGCAGCUUGUAGCGACGGCAUCUUGGAUAUCUACUUCGAUGUUGAAUUAUAAUUAUUCUUCACAUAAAUCUGGUCUGCAAGGGCAAGGGGGGAGGAAAGCUGACAGGCCAAUAGCAAUAUUAAGAAUGAGUUUCAAGAAGAAGAAAGAAGCUAGCUUCGCCAAAAUUCAAUAGAUUCAAGAAGAUUCUUAGGAGUGCUCUAAUUUGUGGUGUGGAAGUGGCUGGAAUUGCUAGGCAUCCUCUGUUUGAAUCAAUUUGCAGCGCAGGCUUUGGGCUCCUUUCUCGGUACAUUAAAUUAUGUGGCAGAGUGUCCCAGAGUUCUUUUGUUCUUUGCUUUUUAUCCCCGUUCCCGUAGGUUAAGGUUCCCAUAGGCUCAAAGAAUUAUCCACUUUCAGAAUACCUGAGAUGAAGUUCAUCUGGAUCCGAGAACCUUCUCUAUAUCACACAACAAUCCACUCCAAACCGCUGAGUACUCUACUUCCACUACGCAUAUAUGUAAUAUUGAAUAAUCCAUCGACAUCAUACUCACUCACCUUUUUUAUAUUUUUUUCGGCGCGGAAGCGGAACCGGAACCAACCAACUGCUCCUCCUCCCCCUCCUCUUCCUCCUCCCCCUCCUCUUCCUCCUCCAUAGCUCCUCUUCUAACCCGUACCUGACAACCGACGUUCUCUUCCUCUUCUAACCCGUACCUGACAAUCGACGUGUUGGUCUCUUCGUGUCGAUCAUCGUUUUCCCGUUCUCCACGUGGUCGCCGGUUCUGGCGCCUGGAUUGCAAGUACCUGCUUGGCUUUCGUGGAUUCCAUACCUUUCAAUGUUUCAUUUAAGAGGAACAGGUGUCAACGUUUCGGUUUAAGAGAAUGUUUCGUGGGUUCCAUGCGCUUCAAUGUAAGUAGUUUUUUGUUUAAGAGGAACAGGUGUCGAGGGACUCGCGGAUUCAGUUUUCUUUUCUACCAUUUAAAGUAGCAUAAGCAUGAGAAUUAGAAGACAAUUCAUUUGAGUGGGGAAUAGUAGAAUAAAAAGCGUUCACAUACAUUCAAAUCCUACAUUGAAAUCCUACACGGGAAAUUUGGAGAAAUUACUUCUCAAAUGCUGAAGAUUUUCUUGGAAAGUACUUCAUGAUAGAUUAUGACGACUUUGAGCUGCUACUUUGUGGAACGAUAAUCUGUUGAUGGUAAGAGACUGAAUCAUCUGAAACUAACAACAAGAAGUAGGAUAUCAUCUUGUUCGAAGACUCAAGGUGGUUUUUCUUUUUUUUACUUACAGUACAGGUACUAAGUAUUCAUCUCAGCACCACAUUGAAUGUUGUGGAUCAUGCAGAGGCUACCUGUACCUCUCCUAUUAACUGGGGUGGCUUACACUUACUGUUAGCGGUUCCCGUGUUACCUCGCCUCUUUCUCUUACCCCUCUCUUCUCCUCUUCUAAGUGAUUGGGGUGGCUUAUUAUUAGCGCUGUGGGCUUGGCGCGAUGUUACGUUGUUGGACAAAAACCCAUCGGAGGAAGACAUGAAACGUUAUCCGAAAAAUUGCUUCCUUUAA